AUGACUGAGGACACUCAGGCGCAAAUUGAUAUCAGGUUCAAAGAAAAUGAAGCAGAAGAGGCGCGUAUACCUGAUGUCCCAGAACCAGAAUGGAAACCAAGCAGGGAGGUGUUUCAAGUACUCUUUUGCCUCUCAAUAAUAAGUUUGAUGGCCUCAUUGGACAUGACUAUCUUCCUACCUAUUCUUCCAACUAUAGCGGAGGAGCUGAACGGCGACGCCACCAGUACUUUCUGGAUAGGUAGCGCAUACUUGGUUCCGUGCGCAGGUUUCCAGCCUAUCAUGGCUUCACUAUCCGAUAUCUUUGGGAGAAGGAAGGUGCUGGUUGCCUCUAUGGGCUUCUUCGUAAUUGGAUCUAUUGUGGGAUGUGUCGCUCACAAUAUGGCUACCCUCCUGGCCGGUCGUGUGAUCCAGGGUAUAGGAGGAGGAGGGCUCAUUCCGCUUGCCAUGAUCAUCAAUACUGAUAUCAUCCCCCUGCGUCAACGGCCAAAAUUUGGCGCAAUUAUUCAAGCGUCUAUGGCACUGGGAACUAUUCUUGGCCCCCUAAUCGGGGGUUGCUUUGUGGACCAUACGAGCUCCUCAACGGGAUGGCGCUGGGUAUUUUAUAUUAAUUUCCCGCUGUCGGCUUUGGCAGGGUUAAUGCUUUUUGUAUCGAUCAGGUUCAAAAAUGGCGGGAGGAAGCUUCGCUCUGUUGAUUGGAUCGGCCAGGUCUUAUUUAUUACGAGCAUGUCCGCCUUUUUGAUUGGGCUCUCGUGGGGUGGGGUGCAGUACUCCUGGGACAGUUAUCAGACAUUGGUUCCACUCUGCCUCGGUGUGGGUGGUAUCAUCGCGACGGGAUUUUGGGAGUUCUUUGGCGCUAGUCACCCAUUCCUGCGUCUGUCUAUACUUACAGAUCGAUCUUCACUGGCUGUGUAUGCUGGCUCUAUUGUCCAAGGCAUUAUUAUGUACGGUGAGCUUUAUUAUAUCUCUCUGUAUCUGCAAGCCGUCAAACUUCUGUCCGCCGUUAUGAACGGUGUCGGCGUGUUGCCCGUCUCCAUUGUUCUUCUGCCCACCAGCAUAGUGGUGGCCUUCAUUAUCUCCAAGACUGGACGGUACCGCUGGGCCCUCUGGUGCGGCUGGGUCGCUACCAUUGCAGCCACUGGUGUUACCAUCCUUCUGCGAGAGCACACUAGUACAGCAGGCUGGAUCUUCAUAUUUGCUUUUGUGGGCUUCGGCCACGGCAUCCUGUACAAUGCUCUUCUGUUUGCAGCGCAGGCUUCCUCGCCAGCCAAAGACGUGGCAUAUGCCGCUUCACUAUACACAUUCUGCCGGACGCUGGGCUUCGCCAUCGGUGUCAUCAUUGGUGGAACAGUACUGCAGAAUUUUAUGGCGACGAGACUGGGUGAUUUGGGACUUCCGACUGCUAUCGCCCACGAUGCGGAGGGUUAUAUUAGCACCCUUAAAACGUUGCCCGCUGGGUCUGCUUUACGCGAAGGUGUGAUGAAUGCAUACGUAUAUGGGCUGGACUCCAUUUUUGAGGUUAUGACGGGCAUUGGGGCUCUUGGUCUCUUAGCGACGCCGUUUGUUGCAAGCCGGACUAUGGAUAAAUCUUUGGAGACUGAUCAUGUUGUUCAAGGUGCGAAGGAUGAUGCAUGA